UGGCAGGGAUAAAAAUACCCCCGACGUUUUGGGCCACCUGGGAAGAUUUACUACCCCACCUGCUCGAAGAAAAGCCGAUGUUCCAAAUGCAACUUACACAAAUAAAUUAACAAAAUAAUAGCAGCCCUGCAAUAAGUACGCAGAAGCCACUGUGACAAUAAAGCACUGUGAAGGCAGCUGUAGUUUGUAAUUAUAUAUAAACAUAAUUACAUUCCUUAUUUGGUCUCUUCCAAUUCAGUUUUGCGAUUGCCUUUUUCUCGUAAGGUCAGAUUUGGGUUGUAAAUGGCCGACGAAAAUCUUAAGACGUCUGUCAAGUUGAAAUCCCAUCCACUGAAAAGGGAGGACGAUUCAUACCACUAUCAUAAAAAAAUUCACAGAGAUUAUUCAGAUCCUCUGCCCAAACCUCCUACCCCAAAGAUAUCAGGUUUGGGUUCAAGUAAAAGUCCCAAGCCACCGCUGCCUUCAUCAUCAUCUAAGCCAGUGAAUCUCAUUAAGAAAACAAAGGAGAUAGGGAUUUGUAGCAGCUCCAAGACAGGGAUUGUCAGCAGCCCAAAGAAAAUCUUUGAUGAUAUCAAGGCUAAAUUACCUGCCAAGGAGCAGGUCAAGACUUUAGCGGCGAGCCCAUCUAAAGUGAAACAGGAAGUUAGUACCAGUACACCUAAGAAGAAAACCAGUUCAGGCAAUGGCAAGGAAAAGGAGAAGAAAGUUUACAGCUUGCCAGGACAAAAACAUGAUCCUCCUGAGGAGAGAGACCCGCUAAGGAUAUUUUACGAGUCAUUGUACGAACAGAUACCCACAAGCGAAAUGGCAAUUAUUUGGAUGAUGGAGCAUGGCUUACUGCCUUCAGAAACAGCAAAAAAGGCAUAUGAGAGGAAGCAAAAGAAGCAGCAGCAACAAAGAACAGGAACACCAAUCAAAUCUUCAUCUGCCGCAGAAAAGAAAUAUUCCCCUGUUCCAGAAAUGAAAUAUUCAUCCAUCUCAGAAAAGAAAAGAUCUUUUAAUGGUGUUUCAAAAGGAAAUACAAGUUUAGUGAAGAAAAGUCUAUCUUACGAUGAUGAUGAUGAUGAUUUUGUUACAAAGCCCGCAAAGAAGAAGGUUUGUUAGAAUUAUUUCUACUUAUUUUCAUGGGGAAUGGUAAAUAAGACCUCAUUGUUGCGGAGGCAUCCCUUCGCAUACAUUUGCCUUCUUGAAACAGCUGCAUUGACAUAGGGUUGGAACCUUGAUAAUUCUUGUGAGCAUUUCUACUUGGCAUGUUGAUGCAAUUCUUUCUGUAACUAACAGACAUAAUCUCAUGGACCUUGUCUGUUACACAUUGCUGACCUAAUUUGAUUUGCAAACAAACCUUGCAAAUCUCAGCUCUGCAUAAGACAUUGGACAUUUAUUCUGGUUUUAAUUGUUUGUAUGGGAUGCAGACUUGAAAACCAGGUACUUGAUUUGGUUCCAUAUUAUUUAUUUACUGUAAAAUAUUUCAAAUUCCUGUAUCAAGAUCAUACAAUGAUAUAAUUUCUUGAUCACAAGCCUUAAUAGAUAUUGUUUUCCUUGGGCAAAAGUUUCACA